AUGCCUGAAGUCAAGGUGUACGAGAUCACAAAGCCGUACAUCGAGCUGAAUUGCUCGCUCGGUGAGGGGCCAUUCUGGGAAGAGGAGUCCAACACAGUCCGCUUCCUCGAUGUCGAGAAGCAAGAGCUGCACCGCGUCGAUAUCAACAAGGGACCCUCGAGCCACAAGCUCGUCAAGAAGCUGGACAUUUCGAUAGGCUGCACGGCAGACAUCGAAGGCAACGACAAGGAAUUCAUCUUCGGCGGCAAGUACGGCUACGGCAUUGCGAACAAGGAGACGGGCGACUACCGAUGGGUCAAGAAGGUGUGGUCCGAGGACGAGAUCAAGGCAAAGAAGCAUGAGAAGUUCCGCGGCAACGACGGAGCCGUAGACUCGCAGGGUCGCUUCUGGGCCGGCUUCAUGUUCGACCCGCUUGUCGAGGAGAUGCGGUCGGAUGGUGCCGUCUUCCGCCUCAACCCAGACAUGUCCCUCGACCGGCCCCUCAGCGACAUCUGCAUCCCCAACGGCACAACGUGGAACAAGACAGACGACACCAUGUUCUUCGCCGACAGCCCGGACAAGAUCAUCUACCAAUUCGACUUCGACCUCAAGACGGGCUCGGUGACCAACAGGCGGCCCUUCUUCACCAUGCCCAAGGACAACAAGUACGGCGAGAACGCGGUGCCAGACGGCCACUGCAUAGACGAGGAGGGCUACAUGUGGACUGCCCUGCACGACGGCGGUCGCGUGUUGAGGAUCUCGCCCGAGGGCGAGGUGGUGGCGGAGAUCAAGCUUCCCACCAGCCAGAUCACCUGCCCUUGCUUCGUGGGCACGCAGCUCUUCAUCACCAGCUCGGGGGGCGGCGGACCGAGCGGCGACGACGGCAAGCCGGUGGACAAAUUCGCGGGGAGCUGUUUCAUGGUCGAUGUUGGCGUGAGGGGGCUGAAGCGGUUCAAGUUCAAGGGGGGCGAGAAGGUCGAGGGAGGCAAGGUCGACGGCCAGGUGGUUGCAGAAUAG